AUGACUCAUCGGAACAUAGAAUGGCACCAUAACACUCCCUACGCAAAUCAUCAUCGAGUAUGGGAAAAAUUAAUAGGAAGCAUACGUAGACUUUUGAGCGCAGUAUCUAUGUCCUACGAGACACUCACCACCUGUUUGACUGAAGCAGAAAGAAUACCUAAUGAUAGACCACUCUUACAGACGCGAACGAAAUGGACACAAGGAAGACGAGAUUUACAAGUUCGCGGUCCAGUCUUGAUUAUUGGAGACACUUAUGCACGAAAUAACUGGCCUAAAGGCCUCGUGGUAAGUUUUGAUCCAGGAGGAGAUGGUCUAUGGAAACAAGCGAAGAUCAGAACGUGGAAAGGUACAAUUAUUAGAGGCAUACGUAAAAUUUGUUUAUUAGAAGGAGCUGACGACCGAAAAGUAGAGGAUAGAGAGACUUUUCAGAGUGACUGUGGCUAG